AUGGAUAGAAGUAGAGAGGCUGGAGAGCAGGGGGGAGUUGCUGGUGGAGGAGUGGGGACUCACCAACCAGCCAACCCUACGCUACCUACUUCUUCUACACCAUCUCCUACCGUGGAUCCUGUGAAAGCUUUCUCUAUUGAGAAAUUUAUGGGGGAGGACUAUGAGCACUGGAGUUUCCGCAUGAGGCUGAUGUAUACCCAAUACAAGCUAUUGGAUUUGGUGGAGGGGAAGGAGAAGAUGCCGGAGGCCGCGGAGCUGAAAGGAGCGUGGAUGAAGCGAUCGUUCGACGCGUAUAUGCUCAUGCUGCCGGAGUCGUGGUCUGCCCUUGCGAUUAACCUCAACUCUCAACAGCCCCAGUGGAGCGUGGAUUACAUUCGCGCGCGCAUUCUAGAGGACUUGCGGCGGCGCAGUGUGGAGCGCUCGGAGGAGGGGGCUGGCUAUGGAGUUGGAGGUGGAAAGAGUGGCUUCAAGAAGAAGUGGAAGGGCAAAAACAAGGACAACCCUAAGGAGGAUGGCGGCGGGGGUCAAGGGGAGGUGUGCUUCUACUGCAAGAAGCGCGGACAUCGUUGGCGGAAAUGCUACCAACGACCCAAGGAUUGGACCCCGCCUUCAUCAAGCAACCAGCAUGGUGGCACGAGGAGUGGGGGAGUCAUGGGAGCUAGUGGAGAGGAGAAGGAUGAGGAGAAAGGCGGCAAAUCUGAGGAGCGGAAGGCCGGGUUCUUCUUCUUCGUGAACGAAGGCGCAACCGACCUCGCUAUGGCUGCCAAGCUGCACCUUGAGGAUCUCCCAGGGUCAGAGCUGAGUGACCACAGUGGCGAUGGUGAGCAGCAAGGCGCUGGUCCUGCUGCGGAGGAGGGGUUGGAGGAUGAGUCGGCACGUGUGGACUCACCAUCUCAGCCCGAGCCUGCUGCAAACGCCAAGGUCACCAAGAGGAGUGUGCAGAGAGGAGCUUCACCACAUGGGCAGCAGAUUGCAACCCGCGAGAAAAGAGUGGCAGCAACACCCUCAAGGCUGAACGCCUCGUUCUGGCAGGACACCCCAGGCGAACACUCUCCACUCGUGGGCUUCCUGGCGGACGGCAUUCCGCUCUACGGCCCGCGUGGCGUAGGGAGGGAGCUACCUACUGGGGUGGACGAGUGCGGGGGGCACGUGGGGGACGGCAGCGCGGGCGAGCCGGCGUUCUACCACUACCACGCCAGCAGCACCGCGCCCUACACCGUGGCGUGCCUCAAGGGUUGCGUCGCCUCCUCUGACUAG